AGUAAAUUCCCUUCUUCCUCCAGUUUACUUUUGACACGGAGCAAACGACAAACUAACCAAAAUGAGUUCAGAACUCGAGUGCGGAAUUUGUUACCAAAUCUUCAACAGAGGAUUGCGGUGCCCACGGGAGCUACAAUGCCACCACAGUUUUUGCGAAAGUUGCCUAGUGACUCUCUCCCGACACUUGGUGUUUGAAUCUGACCCCACGGAGGUGUGUUCAGGCCGGGGUAAAACUAUUGGAUGUCCGCUAUGCCGACACAUCACCAUUGUCCCAGGUGGACAGGUUAGAGGAGCUCUUCCGGCUAACGAAUGCGUCCUUGAGCUGCUGGUCGCCGCGGGAGAUGCUGAAGCGAGUGACACCGAGGAUAUGGAAGUGGAUGAGGAGGAAGCUUGUUCUGACACUCCCGCCGAGGAAAACGUAUCAACGGACCGUGCAGGAGGUGGAAGGUUUCGCCGUUCGAUGUGUCGCCUAUGGGGAAAGAUCACCGGGAAUGGCCAAACCCAACGGAGGCGCGGGACACAUUGUAUGACUGACAGCGAUAUGCGAGACCUCGCGCUUAUGUCAUGUUACAUCAUUUGAGAUUUGAGGCAACAUCUCUCAUCAAGACAUGUCUUAACCUCAGGAAUGAACCUUGCAAGACGACUUUUGAAACAAAUAUGACUGUGAAAGGACAUCUAAAGUAUUAGACUCCGUGGAAAGAAAAAGUGCACAUACACUUCGGCCAUCUCUUCCCCUAUUUACAAUGAGGGUUAGUUCAGUUAUAGCCCAACCCCUCACUGUGAAUGGAUUGUCAUUCUCAAGCCUCUCAAUGCGGUCACUGAUGUGUUGUGUUGGAAAUUGUUUAAAAACGGACGGUUUGGCUUUAAUUAAGCCUAAGGAAUAGGCCCUAUGUUACUGUUGUUGGUGCUCGAGCUGACAGGUUUUUACUGUAUGCACGUCUGUAUUUAUUUUUCAUAUUGCUUAUUUAUUGUUAAGAGUUGGCUAUUGAUUUUAUAUAAAUACAAUAAUUUAUAUUCA